AUGGGCUCAGUGCCAAGGGCCAAGACCAAGCAAGGAAGGCCGGGCAUCCUGACCGAGGCUGGCUUUCAAUUUGAUGCCGUCUUCACCUCGGUGCAGAAACAGGCUAUUUACACUGCUUGGACCACUUUGAUGGAAAGCAAUGAGCUGGCUGUACCGCACUAUCAGACUUACCGCCUGAACGAUCGCCACUGGGGCAAGUUGCAGGGAGUGACCGAGAAGGACUUGGAGAAGACAUACUGCAAGGAGCAGUUGAGCUCCUGGAAGGCCGAGGCGCCACCGGCGCUGGAGGCCUCUGACCUGCAGCAUCCCUCGAAUGAUCCGAUCUACAGGGCGAUUCCGCCAUCCCUUCGGCCGGGCUCAGAGUCAGCCAAGAUGGUGUCGGAUCGUGUUCAGCCACUCUUAAGCGACUCCCUCACACCGUUGCUGCUGAGAAAUAAGACGCCUCUUGUGGUGGGACACCAGGCAUCGAUCACCGCUUUGUGCCGCCUCUUGGAGGGCGACGACGAGGAGGACUCUGCCGAGGCAGAGGAGGUGAUUCCCACUGGCGUCCCAGUGAUGGUGCUGCUGGAUGAGGAACUGGACUUCCGGAAGAAGGCCACCUUGACGGAGAAGUUUCUGAACAAGUAUGAUGGUGACCCUACUACGGGCCCUGCCCACAACGAAGCGCCCAAGGAAUACAAUGUUGAGGUGAAGGUGAUCUCCGCAAAAGGGAUGCGCGAUGCUGAUUGGUGGGCAGGCUCCUCAGACCCGUACGUCGUUUGCAAAGUCGAUGGCAAGGGCACUGGGGAGUUCCGCACCCCGACCAUGGCACAGAGCCGAGCGGCGGAGACGGUGUUCAACCACGUGGACAAGCUCAAAAUUACUCACGGUGACUCGAUAACCUUCACAGUCUAUGAUGAAGAUUGGGGCAAAACCGAUGACUUCCUUGGCUCGUGCACCUUGCGCUUCGAGGAUGGCCCAAACAGCAAACGGACGCGGCAGUGGAUGGUGGAGCUUGUGGAUGGGGUGGUGGAAAGUGUCCCGAAAAGAUACGCUGCAGCUACCACAUUGUCUGCCCCAAAGCUUGGCGCGCCGCGGGCCGUGGGCCUUUGCGCCCUGAUCGCAUCCAAGGCGUUUCAUUCCAAGCGCCGUUUGGCUGCGCGCGCGGGAUUGGGUAGUGCAUCAGAGACGGAGGCGAGCUUCGUCUUAGAUGGAGGCUAUGAUGUUCAGCCGCUGGAAGAUGGCACCGGAGCUUGGCUUGCUCACCGAAGUGAGAGGGAUGUGCCUGGAAGCGGCCCUGGGCAUGACUGGGUCUCUGAAGUCUUUGCGGAUGCGGAGGACAAGCAUGGCGCCAAUUUGCAGGAUGCAGCACGGUUUCAGGUUCCUGGUGCCCAGUUCAAGCACCGCCCACGGAUUUUGGUGCUGUACGGCUCCUUGAGGCCGAGCUCCUUCUCCCGAAAGUUGGCCUUCGAAUGUGCUCGGCUCUUGGAGUUGUUGGGUGCUGAUGUGCGCACCUUCUCAUCCCAUGGACUGCCCGUGCGGGACCCGGCGUUGGAGGAGCAUCCGAAAGUCCAGGAGCUCCGGGCGUUGUCCAUGUGGUCGGAAGGCCAUGUGUGGGUCAGCCCAGAGAUGCACGGCUGUGUCACGGGCGCCUUCAAGAAUCAGAUCGAUUGGCUUCCGCUGAACACUGGGUCGGUGCGGCCGACGCAAGGCCGAACCUGCGUGGUGCUUCAAGUGAAUGGAGGCAGUCAGAGCUUCAACGUGGUGAACGAGCUCCGACGGUUAGCCCGAUGGAUGCGAAUGCCUUGCUGCACCAACCAGUCUUCAGUGCCUAAGGCCUGGCAGGAGUUUGAUGAUGAUGGGCGGAUGAAGGACUCUAACUUCCGGGAUCGUGUUGUGGACGUCAUGGAGGAGUAUUUCAAAUUCACCCUCAUCAUGCGCGAAAAUGCUGACUUCUUGGUGGACCGCUUUUCCGAGCGCAAGGAAAUUGCCCAGAAGGGUAGGCUGCUUUCGCAAGCUGAGAAGGAAGCUAAUAAAGCAUGA